CAAGCACUGCCCCUCCGACUUCUUGGGAGGUUGAGAGCCCCUCAACACCAAAACAGUCAUCUCCUUUCCAGGCUCUCUACACAGAGUAGAGACUGAGGAUAGGUUCUGGAUGCUGCGGCACCAUCCCUUUUGCUUGAGGGCUAAAUUGAGUUUGGACACAAUUUGAAGCCUGAGACUGCAGUCCAAAAAUGACGCGGUUCCGGCCGUGUAUUGAUCUGCACGCAGGCCAAGUCAAGCAGAUUGUCGGCGGAACUCUAGACAGCAAGACCUCCUCGCUCCAAACAAACUUUGUCUCGUCCCAUCCGCCAGCCUACUUCGCUCACCUUUACCGGGUCAAUGGCCUCACCGGCGCCCACGUCAUCAUGCUUGGUCCCGGGAACCAGGAUGCUGCCCGCGAGUCACUUGCAGCAUGGCCUGGGGGCUUGCAGGUCGGCGGUGGCAUUAACGACUCCAAUGCCAAGGAGUGGAUAGAUGCUGGUGCUGAGAAGGUUAUCAUCACCUCUUUCCUCUUCCCCAACGGCACCUUCUCACAAGCACGCCUUGACUCGGUCCUCGCCGCCUUGGACGGUGACAGGAACAAGCUGGUCAUAGAUCUCAGCUGUCGACGACACGGCGGCGGAGACAGGUGGUUCGUGGCCAUGGACAAAUGGCAGACCAUCACCGACAUGGAAGUCUGCGAAGAGUCCAUUAAAGAGCUGGAACCAUACUGCUCCGAGUUCCUGAUUCACGCGGCCGACAACGAGGGGCUGCAGAGGGGUGUCGACGAGAAGUUGGUUGAGAAACUGGCACAGUGGUGCAGCCUCCCAGUGACCUACGCCGGCGGGGGGCGGAGUCUGGAGGACCUGGAAAAAGUGAAGGAGCUAAGUGGCGGGAAGGUUGAUCUGACUAUUGGAAGCGCCCUGGAUUGCUUUGGGGGCAGCGGCGUUACGCUGGCCGAGUGUGUCGAGUGGAAUCGCCAGCAGGAGUCGUAGGCAAUACACAAUCAAAUCAAGUACAAGUUCAAAGGGGCUACUUCUCAGCCCAACUCUCCCAC